GAGAGGGAGAGAGAGAGGGAGAGAGAGGGAGAGAGAGGGAGAGAGAGGGAGAGAGCAGCAUCUGGAGAGUGAAAAGGAUCAGUGAGCAGACGUCUGGGAACAACAGAGGGAGAGAUACAGAGGGAACCGUAUGGACUAAAGAACUGACUGAUUGAAAGAAGCCAUGCCAGUUCUCUCAGCAGGUGCAGGACUCCAUGAGACGUUGGCCCUGCUGACCUCUCAGCUGCGUCCGGACGCCAAUCACAAAGAGGACAUGAUCUUCCUCAAAGAUGUCUUCAGUGAGAAGAGCCUGGCUUACCUUAUGAAGAUUCAUGAGAACCUGCGUCAGUAUGAGAGGCAGAGCCCCACGCCUGUGCUCCACAGCGCCUCCUCACUGGCAGAGGACGUUGCCGAGGAGUUGCAGAGUGGUCCAAUGAGUGCGGAGGAGAAGGAGCUACUACAGCUGCUCACCUCACCUCACUUACGGGCGGUUCUGUCGGUUCAUGAUACCGUGGCACAGAAGAACUUUGACCCCGUGCUCCCACCUCUUCCUGAUGACUUUGAUGACGAGCUUGAGGAGGAGUCGGUCAAGAUUGUGCGCCUGGUGAAGAACAAAGAACCUCUGGGGGCCACUAUUCGUCCUGAUGAGGCCACAGGCGCCGUCAUCGUUGCGCGUGUUAUGAAGGGAGGCGCGGCAGACAGAAGUGGUCUGGUGCAUGUAGGUGAUGAACUGAGAGAAGUGAACGGCAUCUCCAUCAUACACAAGCGACCGGACGAGAUCAGCCAGCUGCUGUCUCAGUCUCAGGGUUCCAUCAGCCUGAAGAUCAUCCCCGCUGUCAAAGAGGAAGACAAGCUGAAGGACAGCAAGGUCUUCAUGAGGGCCCUGUUCGACUACGUCCCCUUAGAGGACAAGGCGACGCCCUGUCAGGAGGCGGGCCUUCCCUUUAAACGCGGAGACGUCCUGCAGGUUGUGAGUCAGGAUGACGCCACCUGGUGGCAGGCGAAAAGAGUGGGAGACAGCAACCUGCGUGCUGGACUUAUCCCCUCCAAACAGUUUCAAGAGAGGCGUCUGGCGUACAGACUUAAAAUGGGAACCCUGCAUAAUCCCAAAGCCCUGAAGAAACUGGACUAUGACCAGGAAUGUGACAAAGAUGACUGUGACUGUGAGGGCUAUUUCAAUGGACACUACAUAGCUGGUUUACGAAGGAGUUUCCGUCUGAGCCGUAAGGUCCGACAGGGGUCGUUGGCAGAGGCCAACGCGUCUGACCCCAGUGGGCCGGAGUUCCUGACCUAUGAGGAAGUGACACGAUACCAGCAGCGAGCCAAUGAAAGACCUCGGCUGGUGGUGCUCAUUGGCUCUCUCGGCGCGCGCAUCAACGAACUGAAGCAGAGAGUGAUAGCAGAAAACCCACAACGCUACGCUGUGGCUGUCCCCCACACCACGCGACACAGGAAGACCCACGAGAAGGAUGGGGUGGAGUACCACUUUGUCACCAAGCAGGCUUUCGAAGCCGACGCCCACAACCACAAGUUUAUUGAGUAUGGGGAAUAUAAAGAGAACCAAUACGGCACCAGUAUCGAGGCCAUCCGCUCAGUUCAGGCCAAGAACAAGAUGUGUCUGGUGGAUGUGCAGCCAGAGGCGCUGCAGACUCUGAGGACGCCGGAGUUCAAGCCGUAUGUCGUGUUUGUGAAACCGCGGAUCCCUGAGGGUCGCAGACACCGCAGUGCUGCCACUUCACCACCAGGGGGCCGAACCAUGGAGGAGGACCUGGAGGAGAUGCGUCUGUCUGCCCAGCAGGUCGAGCAGCAGUAUGGUCACCUGGUGGAUCGGGUUCUGGUUAAGGAAGACUUAGCAAGUGCCUGUGCAGAACUACGUGCUAUCCUGCAGUGUCUGGAGCAGGAUGCGUUCUGGGUCCCCGUGAGCUGGGUCAGGACCUAAGCCCUUCCCUCACCUCAGCUUGGACCGGAACCAGCUCAGUCCGAACUGACACGGCCCCUGCUGGGCCCCUCUGGCUGCAGCCCAUGAGACCUGGCCAUCUCCCUGUUACCAUGGGAUCGACCUCUGACCCGCCUGCCUGGUGCUGCUCCUGUGUGGCUGGGCUAACUCAGAUAAAGGAGGGCAGGUGAAUGGGUUCUCGGAACCGCAUGAACGCUGCCGUCUUGAAGGGAAAUGCAGUCAAAGGAGAAGAGAAUUAAAACACGUUUUAAAAAUUUCCUCUGACAGACUCACGAGAACCUGCAGCGCACAGACCUACAGACGUGGACAUUAAGCUUGUAAAGAUGUUGAGCUGUACCACAGACACACCAGGGCAACAACUUCUGAAGCUGUAAGCAUAGACAUGAUGGUUUAUUUGAAACAUUUAAUUUAUUUUUUAUUAGAAUGUACUUAUAUAUUAACUUAUUUAUUAUUAAUGAAUGAAUGAAUCCUCCAGUAUUGAAGCUUUAGUUAAACAUCUAAUCAACUUGUCAUUUUAUUCCUCCUUCUUGAAGGAGGCACAGUAGUACAGAGACAAAAAGCAAGCGCAGUAGAUGGCCAUCUGUUUGGACAUGAGUCGUCAUGGCAACAAUAUCUGCUUUUAGUCACUUACUGCUCUAAGCAGAGGACAGAGGAGGUUACAGAUGUGAACUACACACACACACACACACACACACACACACACACACCCACACACCCAGUGUAUAACACUCUUUUUGACUGACAGGCUGCAGUUGUAGAAAUGUAAUGAAUUGUUUGACUCACAAAGUGUGAGGUGUUAGGAGCCCAUGUUUACGUUCACGUCUCAAAGCCUAAAUACAUCUGUACCGAAUACAUCUGUACUGAAUACAUCCUUACUGAA